AUGCCGGCGGCUGGUAUCCUUGGACCCGCGUUCGAAUGUGACCGUGCGCGGAGGUCGACUGCCCCAUCUCCAGAGAUGAUGCCCACUCAAAAUCUCAAUCAAGGCAAGGGUGGUUUAGAGUAUUCAAAGGCUGGUGCACGGGAUGGUGGACAACCCUCGUUGGCGGAUUCUGUCGACGAGGCCGCGGAAUGGCUCGACCAACUCUGUCAUGUGUAA